AUGGCCAAGAAAAGUUACGAUUAUCUAUUUAAACUGCUGCUUAUCGGCGAUUCUGGAGUUGGAAAAACUUGUAUAUUAUUUAGAUUCUCUGACGAUGCCUUUAAUACGACGUUUAUAUCGACGAUCGGUGAGUUUUUCGCUGUGUUUAUGCCUGUGCGCUGCCAUCGAUAUUUCGAAAAUAGUUCGUUCAGGGUCACGAGACAAAAUUUAUGACUAUUAUGUAUUUUGUAUUGCGCAAAUAGAGUAUCGUACUGUCGAGUUAAUUUAGACUUUCGCAGCAUUUGGAACUCCUUAAAAUGCUCUAGGGUGGCUAAUUCGUUGUUGACGAUUGGUAAUUAUAGAUCUAAAUUUACGCCCAGCCAAAAUAUCUGAGUAGAAUUGAUUUCGCAAAACGGAAGUUCACACACAACAUUUGCAAUUUUUUCCACUACCUGUCGACGUGUCCGUAUAUAAAGUAUUUGCUUUGUUUGCAGAAUUUUUUUUCAAAGAUUUAUUGGUUGUACUUUAUCAGUAAUUUUUCAACUUUAAUGCUUAGCACGUUCACAAAUAGUACUGUAUUUCCAUUCUGUUUUAUUUAGUUUUAUUUUCAUUUUUGCUAUUCUGGUGUCAUGCCAGUCAUGCUGAUCGUUCAAGCAAUUAAAGUCCAAAAGUUUCGCGUGAAAGUGUCAUUAGACAAAAUAAAAGUGUAGGAUGUGUUAGGGUGCCGUAUCGUUGGCCGAUAAGACCCUUCCCUUGUUAACAUUUUGCUGGCAGGAAAAUACGAUUAUAUACAUACAAAAGAUUAUGUUCUCCAUUGUGAUCUAGCAAUGCAUAUAUCGCAAUAACGAAACUCUCUUGGGAGCAUUUUAAAAACUUUUGCCUGCCAGUAAAAGCUAGCAAGACAAGGGCACUUGACAAAUACAAAGUAAAAUAAUAAAGUAGGGCCCAUGCAUGUGGGUCCAUGUUUAAUAAAAUUUAAUGGUUUAAUAAGAGAGAGAGACACUGAGACAGACAGGUUCAUCUCACUCUGACAAAUAUAAGUGUCUGGUGUAAGACAGUAUAAAAAUACUUAGAACUGCAUUGCAUUGAAUUGAACAAGUCACAAAUUAUUAGCACUAAUGAAGAUCCGGGCUUACGGAUCGAAAGCUUUGCAGUAAUAAAUUUACGUGGUGUUUCCACAAACAAAACUAUUAUAUAUUUUAUCGCCAUGCAAACGUACAAAGAACUUAUUGCAUUGCAUAGGCCGAGACAGUUUUAAACGAUAAUCAUCACUGCAAAUAAUGGAUGGUUGCCGGUCAAUAACCAGCUAUUAAAUAGGACAUUGACCACUGCUUUUUUGUUUUCAAUGAUCAUUUUGAUUGGGUGAAUAUUAUUAGAGCAGCAGUGAUUUUUUUUUGCCAGUAAGCAUACUGUAUUGAUAUUUAAUGUUACCAUGUAUAAAUUGAAAUGUAAGUGGGGUAAUUAAUUUCUUUGCUAGUCAACGAGAUAUUGUGAUUUACACAUGCUCGGAAUUCAUUUUCCCAUUGGCCAUGUGCAUCACUUGACUAACUUUCAAAAUAUAAAACACUGCACAAAUUUAUUAAAUGAUGGAAUUCAAGAUGGAACCCAAAUGCUCAGCUCCAAAGUGAUUAAAUUACAUGAAAAUAUUGUUCUUUUUCCCCAUGAACAGUCGUUUCAUGUUUGACAGGGACAAUUUUGUACUUGUCCGGCUUAAUUUAAUAUCCCUAGUCAUUAUGAACUUCAAGUUUCUGUAAUUACUUGCCGCACACAAUAACUGAUAUAGAAAGACUGAUAAAAUGGACAUAACCUGUCCAAUUGUGACUUAGCCCAUCCAGUAGCGGCAAGUGAAGGCUAAAAUUGACUGGUGUUAGACAGAGUAAAAUAACAAAGUAGGGCUCAUUGAGGCUACAUUGCUAUGUAAAGAGUUAACAGGAUGCAUGUGUGGAUAGUGUGUUUAAUUAACCUAUCAAUUGGCAAUACUCUCCCCUAAGUGACAAGUAGAACUGUCUGGCAUUAGAUGGUGCAUUGCUCCUUAAGGCAGUGGUGUAACUUUACUUUUUUGACCACUUGCCCUCAUGGCAAGUUGGACAUGAAAAUGAGUUGCCCUGAAUAAAAUUCACUUGCCACCAGACAAUGGCCACUGGGGUACCUUGGUUAUGGAGUAUAACUUAAUGGGACAACAUGUCGAUCCAUUCUCUCACUGGUCUAUAUGGCUAUGUUAUACUGCCUCAGAUCUAGCUUUGGCACACGAAAAACACAAUUUGAGUCAAGUACAUGCACUAUAGCAUGCCCAAGGCAAUCGGGCAAGCAAGAUAAAACAUUUACUUGCCCGUCAUGAUAUUCACUUGCCCCAGGCAAGUGUGCAAGUGUUAAGUUACAACUCUCAAUGAGUUAACAGGAUGCAUAGGGUGCAGAUAGUGAGAUUAAACCAUCGAGUGGCAGCACUCUCCCCUUGAUGAGUAAAACCGUCUGGCAUUAGAGUAAAAUAACAAAGUGGGGCACAUCAGGGCACAUUGCUGCUUAAAAGGUUAAUACGUAAAAGGUCUGUAAAGAAAACAAUUUCAGACUAUAUAACUUCAUCCGUUUUUCUCCAAUCCAUGUUGUUGUUUUUAUUUAGGCAUAGAUUUCAAAAUCAAAACCAUUGAACUAGAAGGGAAGAAAAUCAAGCUUCAAAUAUGGUAAUGUUUUUGAAAUAACUAAAUCAUGGUCUUAUGAUAUGAUCUUUGAUAUAAAUAUUUUCUGACAUGAAACUGAUGAUUAUUUUCCAGGGACACAGCCGGACAAGAGCGUUUCCAUACCAUAACAACAUCAUAUUACAGAGGAGCAAUGGUAAACUUUUGAAACCAAUCAGCUUGUAGUUGAUAAUGUAUAUAUAAUAAUAAUUAACAUAAUAAAUUACAGCUUAUUAUGGUGAUUUCUAGCCAAAGCUAAAUGACGUGCGUUAAAGAUUUGUCAAUUACUUUCCAGAGUGCGAUAAUGUGCAAUAAUAAUUGGAGUACCAGUGAAGUGUGGCUGAAAAUCUUGAAUUAUCGCACCUUAUGUUUUUCCUCAUACAGCAGGGG